GAUACAUCGUUGCCCUACAACAUGGGGAGGAAGGAGGCCGUGGAAGCUGCGAAACUAGCUCUCGUCAAUCCAUGGAAACAACAUUCAUGGCGUCGUUAUUUUCGUGCCUUACUUCGCCAAUGUUCUUACCUACCAGACCCCGUUGCGAAAUGUAACCUACAUGACUAUGUUGUCCAAAGAUUUCGACGUUACGUGAUAGAAGAGCGACGCCCAUGGAUCAGAUGGAAUGCCGAGCGGCAGAUCUUUCUCUUCAACGAAGCAAAGGAUACCCUGUCAUUACUGCAGCGAGCGAACGCAGGAUAUUCCAAACCACUCGAAAAAGUCAUCCGAAUGGCAUAUGGGCGAAAAGGGAGACGGAGGAAGGAAUUACUGAGCGCUUUGAUCGCCCCCGAUGUUCCUGCAAAUAAUACUGCUGUGGAAGAGGCCCUUCAACGACCCCAGAAAUACGAAGAUGGCUGGGAACCUCCAUCAAUCGUGAUGGAGCUUCUGAAGUCCCAGCAGAACAACGGGAUUCUCUCGCAACUAAACAUUCGCCAAGUGAAACACCUUGAGCCGCCCAUACCUAAGAAAUGCAUCUGGGGAGAUGGGGUGGCCAAAUCACGAAGGAGAAACAUACGGAAGGAUUGGUAUACCGAUGUCCUUGAUCACCUCCUUCCGCCACUACCUGACCCCGACCUGGGCAUCUUGAAAGGAUUGGUUUCAGGAGAAACGCCAUGGAACCCGCCCGAAUGGAGGACACCAGUGAACCUCUCCGACAGACAAAAGAAGAUUAGGCGAUUAACCCGCAGUUAUCUAAGAACACUAUUAAAAGAUGGUCCUGUAAAAGGCCCGACAUUCAAGCCGUACUCCAAAGGACGCCCUCAUAUCAUCACGCGACGAUUCAUGCAAAGGAUCUGGAGGCGCACGCUGUGCCUGAUCCCGCACAUGGAGUGGGACGAGACUGCUAAAAAGCACAUCUUCACAUGGGACCCGGCCAAGCCGACGCCUAGGCUAGGUAUUCCCGGAGGGCCUGAAAUAUUUGAGGACGUUGAUGAACAGGGGAAGAUAACGACGACACCAACUGGCUUACUUCCCGGUGCAAUACGGGACACAGGCCGCAAGCCAUACCGGGAGACGCCUUUUGAAUUAGGAUUAGAACCCAAACAUGAACUCAACGAGCCAAGAAGCAGCCGUCCACACGACCUCGUCGCAUUUGGCGUCAAAUCCAAAAAUUCAUCCAGCAAGCCAUCCGAAAAACCUUCGCGCGUGCCGUCCGACAAACCACCCAGAAAGCAUGACCGCUAGGUAUAGACUAGAGGUCUUUCAAGUCCUUAAAACUCCGAUUCUUAUCGAAUGAAGGUAUGACAACGCUCUUGGUGUAGAUACGAUAUUUAGCAACAUAAAAUGUGCAGGGUUAUUCAGCACCCUGGAAAAUGUGUAACCAAACAAAUCACAUCGCCUGAUUGAUAACAGACAAAGCUGCAAACACCCGACGAAGGAGCAAUCUGAAAACGACUGGGCCUUGUCGAUUAUUAAUU